GACAUGCCCACCAUGACACGCAUGCAUCGGCACUCCAGCUCGAGCGGCGUCGAGGAGACGCGCGGCCGGCGUCGCAAUGCCAGCGGCGAUGCGAACAAGGAGAACUUUGGGGUCCACUUCAUGAGCAGCCCCUUCGGCAACAGCAGCCUGAUUGCACUGCAGGAUCUGAGCAAUGUGCAUGGCAAGAGUCCGCAGCGGCGCAGCUUCAGCGAGGGCAGCGGACCGCGUCAGGCCACGCCGCAGCUGGCAGCGCUGCGCUGCUUGCCACGUCUGGGCGGCGCUGUUGGCGCUGCGGGGGGCGGCCUGGAGGACUCGCAGUUGUCGUCCUCGCGCAUGGGCGACACCACGCUCGAUCGCAUGCUGGACGCCAUUAUAGAGUCGGCGCGCAAGGAGGUGCGCUGCAAGCAUCAAAGCGCAUCAGCGUCGACGGCGGCGACGUUGGCAGCGACGCCUGGCGAUGGCGAGUGGAGCGAGAGCAGCGUCCACGAGAUGGAGGUGCGCACGCCCACGCACCUGAAGCGGCAGCGCGUGGUGCGCCGCAAGAAUCAACAGAAGCAAGCCGCAGCCGCUCUGCGGCCGACCGCAGUCGAGAGGCAAAAGAAUGUGGGCCUGAGCAAGCAGCCCAGUCUGGAGCAUAUACCUAGCAUCAAGCGUUGCUUGAGCUUCUCCUCUUCGAGCUCCACAUCCAGCGACUUGGAGGACGAGGAGCACUUUGCCAAGCGCGGCUCCAUGGCCUCCUGUGUCUCGGGCGCCUCCUCCAAUUCCAACUCCAACUUCGCCUCCCAUUCCAAUGCGACGAGCAGCGGCGAUUUCCAUCCACGUGGCAGCAUCGACUUGAGCAUCGCCUACGAUGCCCAUCAACAGCAAUUAAAUGUACAUGUUAUACGCUGUCGCGAUCUGCAGCGAUUGCACGGCGCUGGCAGCAUCAAUGCAUACGUUAAGGUGGCCCUACUCUCCGGCAAUACAAGCAGCAGCAGCGAAAAUUCGAACUGCAACUCGAACUCGAACUUGAGUCGAUUCCAGCGCACGGCCGUCCAUCGGCACUCGAGUCGUCCGUACUUUGAUGAGCGCUUUAGCUACCAUGUGCAGGAUGCUAUGCUGCAGGCAACGGCAACGGCAACGGCAACGACAUCAGCAACAUCGACGGCGUCGACGUCGACGUCAGCAUCAACAGCAGCAGCCCUGCAGCUGGCCGUUUGGCAUCGGGAUCGGCAUUUGAAACGCAGUGAGUUCCUCGGCUGCCUCACAUUUCCACUGAGCGCUUUAGUGCAGCAGAGCCUUGGCGCAACUGGAUCCUACAAGCUACACUCGCAGGGAUGCCUUCAUAGCUGCCGCAGCACGAGCAGCAGCAGCAGCAGCAGCAGACCGCACGUCCCAGCCCACGCAACGCCCACAAGCCGCACUGAAGAGAAGCCAAUCGAGCGGAAGCUGAGAGAGAGGGAGAGGGAGCAGGUGAAGGAGCACCUUACAGCGACUGUUAACGCUAGACCCGCAGCGGUUGAGAUGUCAACGAUGGCGGCUACAGUGAAACCGAAUGCCACAGCCACAGCAACAGCCACAGCCCCAAGCACAGCCGUGCUGAGCGAUGACGUCAUCAGCAUCAGCAUCGAUAGCAUGGCUGCCGCCGUCGGUCCGCUGGGCAAUGGCAAGGAGGACGCGCUGCAGCAGACGCAGCAGCCGACGAUGGUGCUCAGCAAGAAGGCGCUGCAUCAGCGCGAUGCCGAUGAGAAUCUGUUCUUGCGCUUCCUCGAGCUGGAUCCGCCCGCCGAUGGCAACGCGAACAGCACCACGGCCAACACCGGCAACACGGGCAGCACGUCCGGCGGCACACUCAAUGCGAACGCCAUGUCCAAUGCGAACGCGAAUGCCAACAAUGCGAACGCCAGCAAUGCGAAUCAUCUCAAUGGCGGCAACGGCACACGGCGCUGCUCGACGCUGCCGGGCAACAGCGGCGGCGGCGGCGGCCGCCAGCCGACGGGACGAACGCCGUUCACGAUGACCAAGCGGUUGACCCGGACGGAGGAGCGCGGAUUUGGCUUCUCCAUUGUGUGGACGCAUCCGCCGCGCGUCGAGAAGGUGGAGGCGGGCCUCUCAGCGGAUCGCUGCGGCAUCCUGCCGGGCGACUAUGUCAUCUUUGUGGACAAGCACAAUGUGGUUACGAUGCCCGAGGCUGAUGUUCUGAAUUUGAUACGAUCGCAGGGCUCGUCCUUAACGUUGGAGAUAUUCAGAAGGUCAGGCGCGGGCGCCAACAUGGCCACCAAUGCCACCACCAUCAGCACGGCAACACCGACAGCCAUAGCCACAGGCACAGGCGCAGGCACUGGCACUGGUACUGGCACUGGCACUGGCACGGGAAGCGUCAUCCAUAAUCAGCAGCAGUCGCAGCUGCGCAGCCAGCAGCUGCUCUAUGGCCUAGAGGAGCAGCCAGCCAGCGUUGUGGCGCUGCAGCAGCGCACCGCCAGCGUUCGUCCCCAGCUGCUGGGCAACACCAUCUCGAGGCCGGCCACCGCCUGCUCCGGCACCACCUCCUCCAUUGAGGCGGCCAAGCGGCGGCUCCACCUGCCCCAGGUCACGUUCAGCAAGGAGUCCAUUGUGCCCAUAACGGAUAAUCGUCGACGCUUUCUGCUGCAGCUCAUCAGUCGGGAGCAGAACUUUACGGCGGCACUCCACUUUGGACUGCAGCGCUUUGUGCAGCCACUGCAGGAGCGGAAGGACCUAAUAUCGCCGAACGAUCAUCGAACGCUGUUUCAGAACAUUGAUGAGCUGCUGCGCAUCGCCGAGGACAUACUGGAGCAGCUGUGCAGCAACGAGCAGGAGCAGGAGCCGCACAUGAACUUCGCCUCGCGGGUCUAUCUGUCGAAGACGACGGCGAUUUGUGCCGCCUACAAGAAGUACUGUAAUGGCAUCAAGCGGGCCGAUUGCGUCCUGGUGAACAAGUCCCGUCAGACGGGCUCCGAGUUUGUGGCCUUUAUCACCGAGCCACCUGUGCCGCGCAGGCGGCCCGAUCUCACAAUGUUCAUCCAUCGACCGCUGCAGCACUUCAGGGAGAUUCUGAAGCUGAUGCAGCUGCUGGCAAGCAAUUGUCAUGUGGACACCGAGGAGCACAAGAACUUUACCACUGUGAUCGGUGAGCUGCAGGCCGCGUAUCGCGAGAUAACCGUCAGCAGCGGCCUGAUGGAGCCCCUGGGCGAGGGCCGUCCCCUUCUGACCCUGCAGGACUUGGAGUCCCGCAUGGUGUUCACCAAGUGCAAGCCCUUUACGCUGGCCGUGCAAGGCCGCCAGUGGAUCUUCGGCGGAGAUCUGUCCCGCGUCGAGGGGCGCUCGAUAAAGCCCUACUGGACGCUGCUCUUCAGCGACAUCAUUGUGUUUGCCAAGGUCAGUCGGGAUCGCGUCCUGUUCAUCACCGAGGAGCCCAUACCCAUAGCCAACGUCGUUGACUCCUGCUUUCACAUGCGCAAGAAAACCACGGAAUUCCGUCUGACUGUCGAUCCCAAUGGCCGUUUGGCCGAAAGCCCCACAGGAUACUGUGCACCGGAUCUGACGCGCACGCCCAAGCGGGGUGCCAGGCGGAAGAGCCUUAUCCUGCGUGCACCCUCGCUGGAGCUGAAGGCCGUCUGGCAGAAUCUUUUACAGCGUCAAAUCUUUCUGGUGAAUGCUGCAUUGGGGUCGACGCCUCUGUCCAGCCCGCUGGACUCGCCGGAUGUGCUGAACACGCUGGUGCCCUUAAGUGACAUUGGAAUGACGUCAGCAUCGAUGGGAUCGAUGAAGCUGCCCUCGCUGGACAGCAUCAAUCUGAAGCAGCAGCAGAAACAGCAGCAGCGCGGCCCCAGCCUUGGCCAUGGCCAUGGCCAUGCCGUCGAGCAGAUCGAGCUGCUGAUUGACGAGAAGUGCCGCAUCCUGAAUAAGACGGGCACUCCGAAGUCGAGUGCCCUGCACCUGGCCAACUGGAUGAAGGGCCAGCUGGACAAGCAGCAGCAGCAGGCGCGACUGGCGGCCAUUGCCCGUUCCCAGGAGAACAUUAGCGCCGAGGACGAGCAGCUGAUCUUCAACAGCGACAGCGAGCAGGACGAGCGCAUCAUCUACUGGACACGCCAGCAGCUGGAGAAGCGCACCAAGGAGCUCAACCUGGCCAAGGAGCUGGGCGGCCUCUCCGCCAAGCCCAACUUCGGGGGCAAACGCCUGAGCGGCGUGGACGAGCUGAGCAUGAGCCUGAGCGCCACCUCGGACAUCUACUCGGAGGCGGAGGUGGUGACCAGCCAGAUCAGCCAAUCGCAUAGCACCACAUCUGACAGCCAGGUGAGUGAGAUCACCGUGCGCUCCAGUCCCAUAGUGCUCGACAAGCUGGCGGUGUGCCGCCACUGCCACAAGAACUGCCAGCAGAGUGGGGCCAGCGGCAGCGGUGGGCGUGGCUCGGCUGCAGCCGAGGCGGGUGGAGCAGGUGGCUCGUCGCUGCUGUGCAACUCGCUGAAGGUGCAGCACAGUCAGUCCUCGCCCAACCGCUGCUGCAAGCUGAACGGCACAGCUGCAGCUGGAGCCGCUGGAGCGGCUGGGGCAGCUGGGACAGCCGGUCAAGCAGCUGGGGCAGCUGUGGCUGGCAGUGGAACGGGCACCGGCAGCGUGACCAGCAUCUCCAGCAGCACCAUCACCGGGGAGCUCUCCUCGAAGGUAGUCGCUAGCAGCAGCCGGCGCGAGACCGGCGACACCGAGAGCGAUGUGGCCCAACUAAUCACCGACGAACUGUCGCUGUCCCAAUCAGAGGCGACAGACGACAGCGUCAAUGCCAUGCCCAACAGCAGCAGCAGCAGCGCCAAGCUACGAGUUCUAGAGACGGCGCAGCCGCUGCCGAACGGCCAUUGCUCUGCCUCAGUCAACGCCUCUGUCUCCACCUCCGUCUCUGCCAAGGCCUCUGCCUCCGCCUCAGCAUCGGGCUCGCCACAGCCGCCGCCCAGGCGUGCUCGAGUCGUGGCGCAGCUGUGCCAGGAGCCAGUGCGUCAGCAGGUGAAGGCCGUUGUGACCAUUACGGAAACGGCUCGCAUUAUGCGCAACACUGAACGCAGCUCCAACACCAACGCCGGCGCCGGCGGCGGCGCCAGCACUUGCCAUUGUCGCUGCACUCCGGAGGACUUUAGCCAGCUGGCGCCGGACAAGAUGGAGCAACAGACGUGCAAGCUGCUGGAGUCACCCAAGCAGAAGACCAGCUCAGUGCAGCUGCAGCAGCAGCAACAACAGCAGAAGCAGCAGCAACAGCAGCAGCAGGAGGAUGAGCAGCUGUCGCUGAUGCUGAUUGGGCUGGCGCAGUUUGCACCGGCUGCCAAGCUGUGCGGCCAGGCAGAGGAGACGACGCCACCCACCAUAGCAGUGGUGCCGCCCACGCCGGACGCGGUGCUCACCAAGACCAGCACGCACGUGUGGGACAACAGCGGUGGCACGGCGGGCAUGGAUCAGGUGACGACCACGGCAACCAAGCAGCCCAGGCAGGCGAUCAUUGAGAAUAUACCGGAGGACUCGUGCGACGAGUCGCCGCUGGAGGAGGAGCCACCGUAUCGGCCCAUGAGCAGCGCGCUGCGGCGCUUCGGCACAAUGUCCAGCCUCGAGAAGCUGCCCUCCGACGAGCUGGACGACGACCUGGAGCCCUAUGCGCAGAACGGCCUCAACGAGGAGCUGGAGCACGAGGCCGACAACGAUGGCGACGACGACGACGAUGGCGACGAAGACGACGAAGUGGAUGAUGCCACGGCCGACAAGGCGCUCGCCCAGAACCUGCAUGAGCUGACGGCCAACUGCUCGAGCGCGACUCUGACCAAUGGCGAUGUGCUGGCCAGUGGAGCGUGGACGAAUCGCGCUGGGGCCUUUGUCACGGACAAGAUGUCCUUCUUCGAGGAGUCGCGCGCCUUCAUUGACAAGUACCUGGGUCGCUGGAACGCCAACGAGCAGCAGCAGGCCCAGUCGGGAGCCAAUCAGACGGCCUCCGAGACGGACGAGCAGAUGGACGAGUGCACCUCGGGCGCCACCAGUGGCGAGGAGGUCUGGGGCACGCCCACCAGCGGGGGCGACAACGACGACAUGCAGCUGAUCAACUCGGAGAACACGCACUCGUCACCCACCAAGUCGAGCACCUCGCUGAACGACGACGACGAUACGGAGCUGAUGAUGGAUGAGCUGCUGAUGGCGCCGCCCAUGACAGCGAGCACCAUUCGCGGACUGCUGCCACGACGCCGUCUUGAGCCCCUGUUCGAGGAGGAGACCGAAAGCGACGAAGAGAAAACCCAACAGGACAGCGACGAUAUCAAAAAGGGGGAAGCAACGACAAAUGGCCACUACCUAGAGGAUUCGGCUGGAAGUUCAAGCGACGAGGAGCCGGAGGAGCCGGAUCCACACUCGAGCGAGGAGCGCCUGCAACCGAGUCUGGUCACCACAGUGCUGGGCCCACGGCCGCUGACAACCACCAACAGCAGCUCCAGCCGCACCACCACCACCAUCAUGCUGUUACCCACCACGGCCAUUACGACGCCGACCCCGUUGGAGGUUCAAGCACCACCGCUACCGCCAGUGGCCUCAUCCUGCGAGUAUCUACUCGAACAGCGCGCGUCGGCGACUACGGCGACAUCAUCCACCACGACGAGCUCAACGACAACGACAGCAGCCGCAAGAACGCCGUCGUCGACGUCGGCGACAGCAACGAUGAUGACGAUGACGACGACGACGACAACGACGAUGACGAUGAGUAUGGGGAUGCGGACCUCGGGGUCGGCAGCAGCGACGACGGCGAGUCGAGCUCCCUCAUCGACUACUACAACAACCAGCAGCGGGAGCGGCACUAUCAGCUCCGCCACCAGAGCCAACGUCAAGCCACCGAGAUUUAUACCACCACCGCCGCCGCCUCGUCGUCUGCUGCUCACGCAGACAAACCUAAACGCUGCACCGGCCAAAACGCAGCCACCUCAAAGAAAAUCUGGCGCUACUGCUGACAGUGGCUGUUCGGCGGCUGCCGUCGGCGCCGCCAGCGCUUCGCCCACAACCGGUAUCGGGUCAAGGACAACGCCUGCGAGUACCAGAACCUCUGCACCGUCAGCGGGAGCGGCAUCGGGGGCAUCGACGGGACCGUCGGCAGGCCCAAAACGCCCAUCGUCAACGAUAAUCGAGACUUGCCUGCUGGGUACCGCAGUGCCGGCAGACUCAGCCACUUCAUCAGCAACAGCCUCGAGGACAGCAAAACCGAUGCGGACCAGCACGGAGAGCAGCCCAGCUGCAGCGGUGCCAGCGGCCAAGGAGCCGGCGCCGGCGUCGGUGCCGGCUCAGGCGCCGGCCGUACCGGACGCAGCCGAUACUCGUUCAGUGGGCGCUGCCCCACCGCCGCACGUUGGCUGCGGCUUAAGUCCAAGGCUGGAAAUGCGGUUGGCGCUCAACCACGACAUACUCGGGGACGAGGACUUGAUCUGCUACGAGCCUGGUCCAGAUCUAACAACUAUUCUGGGGCACGACCUCUCCACAUUUCAUCGUCUGACGGGUCGCGAUUUAUUGAGUCGUUCAGCCACGAAUCGAGUGCAGCCAAAAGAGGCUGUCAUAUCGUACUCUCAACAACGCAACUCCAAGAUGGACACGCCGACGGUGAACCGGCGACCACGUCCCGCCGUGUCGACCACGUCCGGCCAGAGGAGUCACAGCAGCAGCAGCCACGGAAGUCCGCGCGCCGCUGGUUCAGCUCGUGCCGGCGUCGCCGGUCCACAACGCCAGCAUCCAAGUCCAAAUACAUGGAGCAGUUCUGCAUCUGUGGCUCGAGCAGGAGGCGCGAGCGGCGUCGGCGGCGACAGCAGCACAAGCUGCAACAGCAGCAGCGGCGCGAACAAAUUAGGCGAUCUGGAAAUCUUAGCGAGACGCGAGAAGAUAUACUGCAUGUCUCAAUCGAAGAGUGGCUAUCGAGUCAGGGCGACAUCCGGGACAACCUCAACGAAAAUGCGAACGACGACGACGACGACGACGAUGGCAACGAGACGCGACUGUUCCUCGACAACGAGCCGAGCAGCAGCAGUAGUCUCUCUGACGAGGACGACGAGUACUACUUCGAUGGACGCAGUGGCAGCAACAACACAAACACAAACACAAACAACAACAACAACAACAACAAUAGCAACAAGAACAAUGACUGAAGCGUGCCUCGAAACCGAAGUGGGCAAAUCAAACCGUUUAAUCAACUUUAUCAAGCGCCGCAACUCGGAGAUAACAGCCAGCGGCAGCAGCAGCAGCAACAAUCCCCACAACUCCGACAGCACACUCGGUGACGACUCCCAGUCGCAGCUGCAGCUGCACGGCAGUCAGCAGCUGCUGCGGCAGGCGCCGGACAAUGCGGACAUGGCACAGAUGUCGCCACGCAAAGAUAACGACAAGCCCUCGCUGAACCGACGCCUGUGGAAGCAGAUCACCAAACGAAGACGCACCAACUCCGUAUCCCAGAUAGUCGCUGGCUAAGCAAAGAGUCGGCACACACCCACACCCACACCCACACACACACAUAUACACAUUCCUUCUCUUUCACUCCUCUCUCUCUCUC